AACCCACAUGGCCUUACUAAAGAUGGCGGCUUCAACCUAGCAUCUAUACAAAAGCGUGCUAUUUGGUUAGAUCGUGUGUUAACUUGGUACAGUCAUGAGUCUAAGUGGUGUGUCAAGCUUAAUGGGAUCCUCGGGAGACAGUGUGGAGAGUUUGGAGGCUGCUGGAAGGUUGUUGGAGAAACACUUACAUGAGGACAACAGCUUCAUGGAGCUGAGUGGCCAGCUAAGGAUAGCCACACACGUCCAGACAAACUGCAGCGGACAUACAGACGUGGAUUACCCGUCUCUGCCGUCCACCCUCCCCAGUCUGAGCUCACUCCCACACCUCGGCCCAAUCAAGCACAUUCCUAUUCCACCAGAACUGCUGCAGGAGUUUCAAAACAUGCAGUGCAACUGUGCUAUGAACUUGAUGCCGGAGAUUCGUAGGGCGUGGCUAACCAUCGACUCCACCAUCUACAUGUGGAAUUACGAGGAUGGGAAGGACCUUGCCUACUUUGAUGGACUGAGUGAGGUCAUUCUGGCAGCUGGUCUGGUCCUGCCUAAAGAAGGAGUGUUCCAGGAUCAUAUUGAGUACUUGUUGUGUCUGACCACGGCCGUGGAGGUGGUGGUGUUAGGGGUCAGCUUCACAUCCUCCCCGACGGACACACACUCUGAAAUACACCUCCAGCCGGAGCCUCUGUUCAACGUGCCCUCAGACAAUGUGUGCAUGGUGGCUAUAGAGGGCACUCCUGAUGGCCGCUUGUUUCUAGCCGGGAGGGACGGCUGUCUGUACGAGAUCAUCUACCAGGCCGUGGAUGGAUGGUUCAGUAAAAAGUGCCGGAAAAUUAACCAUUCCAUUUCUAUGGUUUCGUUCCUCGUACCAUCUUUUCUCUCAUUCUCUGAAGAUGAUCCGCUGACUCAGCUAGUGAUUGACAACAGUCGUCACGUUCUCUACACACGUAGCGACAAUAACACAAUCACAGCGUAUGAUCUCGGCUCUGACGGGAAGGGGUUAAGAAGGGUGGCCAGUAUUAGCAUGGGUCGUAUAGUUCAAAGGUCAUUGUCGGCUCUGAGGUCAGCUGACAAGACGUUGGUUAGUCCUCUGGUGUGGAUAUCAGUGAUACCUGCCUCUGAGUCCCUCACUCUCCACCUACUGGCAGUCACCAAAUCAGGUCUUCGUCUCUACUUCACCACUACGCCCGGUGGUAUUGCUGCCCGUCCCUCUCUCCUGGCUCUGGUGCACGUUCGUCUCCCCCCGGGCUACUCCCCCUCCUCCACACAACGCCCAGGACCAACCGUACACCAAGUCUUCUAUAGGAAAGGUGUUCUGGUUCUAUCGUCAUCGGUAACAGAAGAGAGAGAUAACCUGUGGAUGGUGGACUCUGACCUCUUCCCAUUCCAAACAGCCCUCAUGGAAUCUCAUGUAACCAAUCGUCUUGAAGGUCGAAUGUGGGCCAUUGCCGAGUCCAUUCAGCCAGGGGAGCUAGAGGCCAUCUCCUCCCCCACACCCUCACCACCCACACUUGUCACACAACAUGCACGCCCCUCACGACAGUUUGUACUCCUCACCACACAGGGGAGUUAUAUAGUCACGAAACUCCGCCCAAUGGAGCAGCUGCAAUUCUUAUUGGACGCUUGUAAAAGCGGAACUAGUGAAAGCAUCGAAUCUUUCUUCACACUAUUCAAAGAGACGCAAGCGUGUGCCAUGUGCCUUAUCCUAGCAACCAAGAGCUCCCCACAGGUGUCAGCCUCUGCCACUGAAGCUUUCUUCAGGUACGGAGGAGAACCUCACUUUAUAUUCCCCACAAACCUCGGACCCGCUGGAUUGUCACAAGGGGGCGUGGCCUCUCCAAUGCAGACUCCACCCCCUUCCAAUAUUGCCUCAACAUAUCAGACCACCCCACAAACGCUCACACCUCAACAAGGGCCAGGUGGGGGGCCAGGCACACCUGCUCAGUAUGGUACCCAGACACCCGGCACUCCUGCAAUGGGAAUGGGACCUCAGGCUCUGGGUAGGGCACUUACUGGCCCUGAGGUGCAUUUGUCUGGUAGACACGAUGGUCUCGUUCGCUACUUGUCUCGUCUAUUGCGACCACUGUGGAAUGAACCGGUUGCCGUGAGCUACAAACCUCCUGGAGACAUACAAAAUGAACAAGUUGAAAGCAGAUAUUCCAGAGAAGAAUUGACCAUUUUCUCUGAGCAGUUGCACAAUCUAAAGAGUUUCUUGGAGACCAACAGACAGCUGUUCUCAAUGUCUUCUGACAGCCUGCGUAUGUCAUCUCCGUCCAACGUCCACCAACGAAUGCUGCACUUCAUGCGUCCUGAUGGUAUGGACACUGUCAGCCCCGCCCAUGUACAGCAGUCCCUCAUGAAGAAAUACCAAGCUGAUGCUCAUCAAAUGGAGCAAAGUUCGUUGCUCAACCUUCAUGCUCUUAUUGUCCGCUGCUGUGAAUGUCUGUCGCUAUGGAAACUGUUCACGGAGAACCAGUUCAGCCUCGUAGCAGCUGGCCUGAGCAAGGACAACCUAAUGCUGCUGCAGAGGACCACCUUCAGCUCUCUGUUUGUGAGGGGAAAGCAGCUCAUAUCGUCGCUGAUAACCUCCCUCUUGACCCGCCACGCUGUUGACUCGGCAAUGUCUGACACCCUCACUGUUCAGCUGCGAGGCUCCACCCCCUCGUUGUUCUCACAAGAUGACGCUGUGCUGAGUAAAGGCCUUGAGCUUGUCACGAUGGCCAAGGCCAGUCAGAGCAACUACGACCGACUCACACAGCUCAGAGAAUCUCUUAAGAACUUCAGCCGUGUGACCCACCAGUUGCCCCUGGCGACCAUUGUGGAGCUGUACAGCGAGCUGCACUUUAUGGAGGGGGUGGUGGAGUUAGCGCUGUGCUCGGCCAAUCACAAGGACCCUCAAAAUCUGGGACUACACUUCUACAAGUCGGGGCAACCCCCUGAUGAUGUCAUGGGACAGAGGGCUUUCAUGGAGAGACAGGAGCUAUACUCGACAGUGACUGGAGUGCUCUCUCAGCUGUUGUUACGACAGAGGACACCAGGUCCCGCCCAACAUAUUCCCACCCGGCCUGGACCACCCCCUGACAAGCCAACGGAAGACCACCCAGACCCACAGAAAGAGUUUGAUGAAACAAUAUCCAUAGCUUUGCGUUCAGACGAUCAGCUGUUUCAUGUGACGUUGUACAGCUGGCUUAUCGGAGAGGAUCUGGCUGACAUGGUUGUCGAGAUCCAGUCUCCGUACAUCGAGGAGUACCUCAAAUACACAGCCACCAUUCAGGAUGACAAUCGCCUCAUUUUAGACCUCCUCUGGCGCUAUUAUGAGAGGAACAAGAAUUAUGCGGCAGCUGCACAAAUACUCGACAAGAUUGCACAUACUGAGGGAUCUGACCUGGAAUUGGAUGAAAGGCUUGAAUAUAUAUCUCGAGCUGUCAUGUGCGCCAAGAGCUGUAACCUAGCAACAUCGGCAAGCAGGGCUGGUGAAAUAUUGCACGAGUUAGAAGAAAAAAUGGAAGUUGCUCGUAUCCAACUGGGUGUGUUAGACGCUCUUAACCUUCGACCCCGUACUCCAGACGUGGCAGCUGCCAUAGGGAUGCUUAACGAAGAGCUGAUGGAUAUUACAAAAUUGUACGGGGAUUUCGCUGAGCCAUUCGAGCUGGCUGAGUGCAAGCUGGCAAUAGUGCACUGUGCUGGCCACUAUGACCCCACCCUUAUAGAGUCACUGUGGAGGGACAUCAUCGAUAGUGUCCUGCGAGUUGGCCCACCCACUGCCCCGGCUCAGAUGCAAGCUAUCCGCACCAAACUCAUGCAACUAGGCCCUCUCUACUCGGCCAGCGAGCGUUUCUUUCCCCUACGGUAUCUGGUGGUCAGUCUGGAGAAGCACGCCUGUCAGAGGGGGUGGGAGAGGGGAUUCCCCCACCAGCUGCUACUGGAGAUUGGAGUCUCACUCAAAUCUCUGUUCCUAGUCUACGACGAAAUGUACAAAGCAAAGGACGCUUACUGGGCGUCUGUUGGCUCACCCCUCUAUGUUCUGGUUGCCAUGGCUUCUGUUGUGGACUCUUACCUGCAGAGGCCCUCUAUGGUCACCAUCUAUGAGAAACCCACCUUCACCGCCUCAGUACAGGACGCCCUCAAUCGCUACCUGGUGGAGCUGGGCACUCUCAGCCCAAGCACUCCACACUAUCGAGAAAUAUCCUCCAAACUUAGAGACCAACAAACUAGACUGCAGAGAAUGACUCUUUAGUUAAUAUUCAAUUAGUAAAAUUAUCUUUGUGUACUCUAUUUGUUUAUUUACAUACUUGUAACUCUGCUGUACAUGACAUGUCUUGUUGAUUUAAUGUUGAAACUAUAUACAA